UUGAUCUUGUCUUGCCGGGUUAGCGUCUCAGCUUGGCAGGGAACAGGAAGUAAGUAGCAGUUGUGCAGCUGGAUAUACGCACACAGGGAUCCAGGAGUAGACAUCAGUGACAGCCUUCACUGCCAGAGCAACGGGUCCCGCUGAAUACGAGCUCUGUGGUCCCUGCAUAACGGAGGAGCGCUCAUGAGAUGGCCACAGAUGAUAAGUCCUCACCAACAUUGGAAUACUCCAGUGAGCUACCAAGGUCUCCAAGCAGCCCGUCACACCUUACUCAUUUUAAACCACUGACCCCUGAUCAGGAAGAUCCACCCUUCAAGUCUGCUUACAGCUCCUUUGUCAACCUCUUCCGCUUCACCAAAGAUGAAGUCAGACCAGCAGCCUCUUCAGAUAAAGCAGAGUCGAGUUCCUGUGAUUCCAGUACAUGGUCCAGUCCACACAAUUCUCCAGCUUCACGACCAGAUAGGUCCCCAGUGCAGUUCAAAAAGCAAAUGAUAGGAGAGCGAAGAUCCUCCGCAACUUCAGAAACAAGAAGAAAAGCAGAGCAACCACCAGGCCAUGACCCACGCACUGCUGUACAACUGCGAAGUCUGACCACAGUGCUCAAGAGAUUAAAAGAGAUUAUGGAAGGAAAGAGUCAGGACAGUGACUUGAAGCAGUACUGGAUGCCUGACAGCCAGUGUAAAGAGUGCUAUGACUGCAGUGAGAAGUUUACCACCUUCCGGCGGAGGCACCACUGUCGACUUUGUGGGCAGAUUUUCUGCAGUCGUUGUUGUAAUCAGGAGAUCCCAGGAAAAUUUAUGGGUUAUACAGGUGAUCUUCGUGCUUGCACGUACUGUCGUAAAAUAGCCAUAAACUACGCUCAUUCUUCGGACAGUAAUACGAUUGGGGAGGAGUUGAAUGCAUUGUCUGAUUCUUCAUCUACUGUGUCUGUGCUUGAGCCCGGGGAACCCCGAACUCCUGUUGGAGGAAGGAAAUCCAGUCGGAACAUUUUCUUAGAGGAGGAUCUUGCCUGGCAAAGCCUUGUUCAUCAGGAAACCACUAAACCUUCCUUGGCUACACGGCUGUCCUCUGUGCAGGAAGAUGCAGGGAAAUCUCCUGCUCGAAACAGGUCUGCAAGCAUUACGAACCUUUCACUUGACCGUUCUUGCUCCCCCAUGGUGCCCUCCUAUGAAUCUGUCAGUCCCCAGGCCUCUCGGGCAUACCAGAAAAAUGACACCAACGAGGAAGAGCGCAAAAUACUCCUGGACUCUGUGCAGCUUAGAGAGUUGUGGAAGAAGAUAUGCCACCACAGCAGUGGCAUGGAAUUCCAGGACCAUCGCUACUGGCUGCGGACCCAUCCCAACUGCAUUGUUGGGAAGGAUCUUGUCAAUUGGCUGAUGAGGAACGGACAUAUCAACACCAGAGCACAAGCCAUUGCCAUAGGACAAGCCCUUAUGGACGGAAGGUGGUUGGACUGUGUCUCUCAUCACGAUCAGCUCUUCCGGGAUGAGUAUGCCUUGUACAGACCUCUUCAGAGUACAGAAUUCUCUGAAACACCUUCACCCGACAGUGACUCUGUGAACUCUGUGGAAGGGCAUUCUGAACCUUCAUGGUUCAAGGACAUCAAGUUUGAUGACAGUGACACAGAACAGAUAGCAGAUGAAGGGGAAGAUAAUCUUACCAACUCGGCUAGUCCUAGCAAACGUACCUCGGUCAGCAGCUUCCAGUCUGCUAUGGACAGUGACUCGGCUGCCUCCAUCAGUCUCAAUGUGGAGAUGGACAACGUCAACUUCCACAUCAAAAAGCACUCCAAGUACCCACACGUACCCCCUCACCCAGCUGACCAGAAAGAAUUUCUCAUCUCUGAAGAAGGAGGCCAACAGAUCAUUUCAAUAAGUGACGCUUUCAUCAAAGAAUCAUUGUUCAAUCGUCGAGUAGAGGAAAAGUCUAAGGAUCUGCUCUUUACGCCUUUGGGCUGGCACCAUAACAGCCUGGAUCAGCUGAGAGAAGAGAAUGGAGAGAAGCAGGCAAUGGAGAGACUGCUUUCAGCCAACCACAGUCACAUGAUGUCGCUACUGCAACAGCUUUUGUACAUCGAGUCACUUUCUCUCUCCUGGAGAGACGUCAUUGUCCCAGUGGUGUGUCAGGUCGUCCAAACUGUCCGACCCGAUGUCAAGAACGACGACGACAUGGACAUUCGUCAGUAUGUUCAUGUCAAGAAGAUUCCAGGUGGGAAGAAGUUUGACUCUACUGUUGUCAAUGGCUUUGUCUGCACCAAGAAUAUUGCACACAAGAAGAUGAAUUCCUGUAUUAAAACUCCCAAAAUAUUGCUACUAAAGUGUUCCAUUGAGUAUUUAUAUCGAGAGGAAACUAAGUUUACAUGCAUUGAUCCCAUAGUCCUCCAGGAAAGAGAGUUUCUGAAGAACUAUGUACAAAGGAUAGUUGAUGUACGACCUACCUUGGUUCUAGUAGAGAAGACCGUAUCCAGGAUAGCACAAGAUAUGCUUCUUGAACAUGGUAUUACUCUGGUUAUCAAUGUGAAACCGCAAGUUUUAGACAGAGUAAGCCGUAUGACGCAGGGUGACUUGGUGAUGUCCAUGGACCAACUGCUGACCAAACCUCGCCUUGGCACCUGUCACAAGUUUUACAUGCAAGCUUUUCCACUGCCUCACAAUGAAUCAAAAACACUCAUGUUCUUUGAGGGAUGUCCGGCGCAUUUGGGCUGCACCAUUAAGCUACGUGGAGCAUCUGAAUAUGAGUUGUCUCGUGUCAAGGAAAUAAUCAUCUUUAUGGUCUAUGCUGCAUAUCAUUCUCAGCUGGAAAUUUCCUUUCUUAUGGAUGAGUUUGCCAUGCCGCCGACACUGCCCAAAAGCAGCUCCUUCCAUUCUCUUAUUGAAAGCUAUGAGGGAGACAGCAGUCAGAAAGACCUAUUUAAUGGAGAGGAUUGCAGCGGCAUCACCUGGGAUUCUGACAUGUCGUCAGAGAGAUUGCAUAUAAUGUCUGAGCCCCAAUCUGCUGACGAUAUAGACUUUGGGGAACAAAAAUCAGGGUUUGACGAGACUGGGGAAUUUCAGAUUAAAAAUCUUGACCAGGCUUCAUUGACACAGCAGGGUCCUCUUGUAGUUUUAUCAUCAUCAUCAUCACUGCUGUCCUCUGUAUCAAUUGAGCCAGAACUUUUGACCCAGAUGUGCCACAUACCCGGCAUUACACAAGAUGAAGACCAACAACAGCAAGUAGAACAUGCUCUGGAGCCAAAGAGUCCGUUAAGGCUUUUCAGAGAUCCUUUACAAGAUGAUACUGGGUUAUAUAUCACAGAAGAAGUCCCUUCCUCAGAUGACAGGCUGAAAAUGCAUUCCGUGUCUUUUAAACAGGAGCUGAAAGAUGUGAUUCUGUGUAUCUCUCCAAUUAUUUCUUUCAGAGAGCCUUUUUUGUUAACAGAAAAGGGUAUGAAAUGCCCCACAAGGGAUUAUUUUCCUGAUGUGGUUUAUAUGUCUCCUCUAAUCAACAAAGAAAUGAAAGACGUGGAAAGUAGGAGAAAAAAGCAGUUAUUGCGUGAACUCUCCAGCAUGAAAGGCAUGAACGGCAGUGUCCACGGAAGAGCUAUUGAAGUGCUACCAUCUCAUGAGCUGCUGAGCACCAGGAUUGCUGAGCAUUUGGGUGACAGCCAGAACUUGGCCCGGAUUCUAGCUGACUAUCGAGCUAGGGGUGGCAGGAUCCGUCAGAAGGAUAUGGACCCGUUUGUGCAGACCAAGGACGCGCCCAGUGGUUCCUCCAGUAAAAAUGAAGCCAAGAACGAGUCAGAAGAUGAUAAAGGUCUUCUUCAGAAUGAGAUGUCCAUAAACACUAAGAUUGACUGCCUGAAUCCAAUAAACCACCAAAGGCUCUGCGUCCUCUUCAGCAGCAGCUCGUCCCAGUCUAGCAAUGCUCCUAGUGCCUGUGUCAGUCCGUGGAUUGUAACAAUGGAGUUCUAUGGUAAAAAUGACCUGACACUAGGAGUAUUCUUGGAGAGAUAUUGUUUUCGACCUUCUUAUCAGUGCCCCAGUGUGUACUGUGACACUCCGAUGGUACACCACAUCCGGCGCUUUGUCCAUGGUAAUGGCUGUGUUCAGAUCAUUCUAAAGGAGCUGGAGUCCCCAGUGCCUGGGUACCAACACACCAUCCUCACAUACUCCUGGUGCCGAAUCUGCCAACAGGUGACUCCAGUGGUACCUCUAUCCAAUGACUCCUGGUCCAUGUCAUUCGCAAAGUAUUUGGAACUCCGGUUCUAUGGGAACCAGUACACCCGGAGGGCUAAUGCUGAGCCCUGUGGCCACUCAAUACACCACAACUACCACCAGUAUUUCUCCUAUAACCAGAUGGUUGCCUCAUUCAGUUACUCUUCCAUCAGACUUCUUGAAGUGUGUGUCCCAAUGCCUAAAAUCUAUAUAAAGCAACACACUCCAUCGAAAGUAUUAGUCCUGCAGGAUCUGAAGGACUUCUCUCUAAAGGUGACACAAGUGUAUAUCGCAGUGGAUGAUCGCCUUACUUCCCUAAAGACAGAUACAUUUAGCAAGACGAGGGAGGAGAAGAUGGAAGACCUUUUUGCUCAGAAGGAGAUGGAGGAGGUAGAUUUCCGUAAUUGGAUUGAGAAGCUCCAGGCAAGAAUGCUCUCCACCAACCUGGACACCCCUCAACAACUCCAGUCUGUCUUUGAGUCAAUGAUAGCUAAGAAACAGUCAUUGUGUGAGAUGCUGCAGGCUUGGAACAACAGGUUGCAAGAUCUGUUUCAACAAGAAAAAGGCCGGAAACGACCCUCAGUACCUGCCAGUCCCGGAAGAAUGAGGCAGGGGGAUGAGAAUAAGGGUUAUGCAGUUGAUGCUUCUCCACGCAAUUCUUCUCCAGCACAGAACGGGGAGAGAGAGGACCGGUUUAUGACCACGCUAUCUCAGAGUUCCACCGGUUCCACACACCUCCAACUACCCAGCCCCCCGGAACUUUUGUCGGAUCAACUGUUUACUGGGGCUCCGACCACCGCAGAGAUGGACACCGCCAGCAGCUCUGAAGAUGUAUUUGAUGGCCACUUGCUGGGUUCAACAGACAGUCAAGUGAAGGAGAAAUCUACAAUGAAAGCUAUACUCGCUAAUUUGCUCCCAGGAAACAGCUACAGCCCAAUUCCUCUGCCUUUUGAACCAGACAAGCAUUACCUGAUGUACGAACAUGAAAGAGUGCCCAUCGCUGUUUGCGAGAAGGAACCAAGCUCAAUUAUAGCGUUUGCACUCAGUUGUAAAGAGUACAGAAAUGCAUUAGAAGAGUUAUCAAAAGCGUCCCCGAAGAACUGCUUGGAAGACGUUUCCCUGCCUAACAACACAGUGGAUAAUAGACCAAAAACCAGCAGCCCUUCCAGAGCACCUGAAAACAACUCUGUUCAGCCAAACCGAACAGCUGAAUCAGAAUCUCAGAGCAAAAAGCCUUCAGGAGUUUUAUCAUUCUUCCGAGGCACCGGAGGAAAGAGCCCAGACUUAUCAGCACAAAGAAAAGAAACAUUACGCGGUGCAGACAGUGCAUAUUACCAAGUGGGUCAAAUGGGCCCAGAAGGCGCACAGAACCAAGGAGCUGAACCUCAAGAUGACAUAGAUGGUGGAGACAGGCAGAAGAAGCAGUCUGGCAAUCCACAUGUAGAACUGCAGUUCUCCGAUGCCAAUGCAAAAUUCUAUUGCCGCAUUUAUUAUGCCGGAGAGUUUCACCGGAUGCGCAAAGUCAUUUUGGGAAGCAGUGAGGAUGAUUUCAUUCGCUCCCUCGCUCACUGUGUCCCGUGGCAAGCUCGGGGUGGAAAGUCUGGUGCUGCCUUCUACGCAACGGAAGAUGACCGGUUCAUUUUGAAGCAGAUGCCUCGGCUGGAAGUUCAGUCCUUUCUUGACUUUGCCCCUCACUAUUUCACUUACAUCACAAAUGCUGUACAGAUGAAGAGACCCACGGCUUUGGCAAAGAUUCUGGGAGUGUAUCGAAUUGGUUAUAAGAAUUCUCAGAACAACACAGAGAAGAAGCUGGAUCUCUUGGUCAUGGAAAACCUUUUUUAUGGCAGAAAGAUGGCUCAGGUUUUUGAUCUGAAGGGCUCCCUCAGGAACCGUAAUGUGAAAACGGAUACUGGAAAGGAAAGCUGUGACGUGGUCUUGCUGGAUGAGAACUUAUUAAAGAUGGUGCGGGAUAACCCUUUGUACAUCCGAUCACAUUGCAAAUCUGUCCUUCGAGCAUCUAUACACAGCGACUCUCACUUUCUGUCCAGUCACCUCAUCAUCGACUACUCUUUGCUGGUGGGCCGUGAUGACACCUCAGACGAACUGGUCGUUGGAAUCAUCGAUUACAUUCGGACGUUCACAUGGGACAAAAAGCUUGAAAUGGUGGUAAAGUCAACUGGAAUCUUAGGUGGUCAGGGAAAAAUGCCAACUGUGGUGUCUCCUGAACUUUAUCGAACUCGAUUUUGUGAAGCAAUGGACAAGUAUUUCUUGAUGGUUCCUGACCACUGGACAGGUCUUGGUGGGAACUGUUGAAGAGAGCUCUAAACUGUGUUUCCUCUCUUGGAAAGCUAUGUUAGAAACCUUUUUAUAUCCAUCCAUCAUUUGUCAAAUAACUACACAUUGUUUAGUUACAGAUGUCAGAAUUAGAAGGUUUCAUUAAGGUUGUAUAAACAUUUUAUCAUACACAUUGUAACAAAUGGGGACUGCAAAGUUGACAUGUGUAUUGAAGGGGGGGCGUAUAUUGUACAGAUAAUUAUUCCUAGGUAUGCUUGUAAGCACAAUGCUUUUUUUCCUGGAAUAAUGGAUAAAAGGUAGUUAUGUUUUGACUGCUAUGCAGCCAGUAUUCCAAAUUCCCGUUGUGUUCUCAACUCUAUGGAGUAUGCCGUCUUCAAGAUGUGUUUUUAUCUUUUGCAGUUUAGUUUUUUGUUUUUUUAUAUGAAUGCAGGUACAUUUGCCAUUAUGCACUAAUGUACUUACAGUUAACCUAUUGUCAGAAGACCCUGUUAUAUGCACAGACAACCUCAAAUAAGAUAAGUUCAAAUGAUACCCUGCUUUUUAAACAUCUGCACUCUUUUGCAUAUUGCAUUCAGUGUCACGAUAACCUUUUUGAUGCUUAGGGUUCCCAUUGGUUGCUGUGUUUAUACUACAACUAGAUACCAAUUUCAUGGAUAAUGUUGAGAUAAUCACCCUACACGGCAAAGGUAGUUUUAACAAUACAAGCUAGUUACAUGUGUUUUUAAGAUCUUUGACAUGAAUGUCUGUAGGGUCCUAUAUUUUUGUAGGCUUUUGUUUUAUCUUCAUGUACAUAGGUUCCACAAAAGCACUAAGCUACUGAUGAUAUCCUUGUGAACAAUGACGGUAAGAGAAGUGAUUAUGACAUACCUGGAAACAUGAUAAACUAGAAA